AUGGAGAAACGCAAACCGGCGGGACUGCUGGUUCUGCCGUCUCCGCUGCGGACGCCGCUGGGCGCGCAGCCCAGGAGGGAGCCGGGCAGGACCUCCGCGCGCCAGGACGCCGAGGACGGCGCGCGGAGACGGCCGUGCCCGUCCUUGUCGCUGGGGGGCGUCGGCGAGCCCGCCUUUCUGCGCCAGCGCAACGAGCGCGAGCGGCAGCGCGUGCGCUGCGUGAACGAGGGCUACGCGCGCCUCCGCCAGCACCUGCCGCGCGAGCUGGCCGGCCAGCGGCUCAGCAAGGUGGAGACGCUGCGCGCCGCCAUCGGCUACAUCAAGCACCUGCAGGAGCUGCUGGAGCGCCACAGGCCGGACUGCAACAGCGACGGCGAGUCCAAAGCAUCCUCUGGGGCUUCGCCCUGCAGCGAGCCGGAGGAGCGCGUCUAG